AUCUCCUGUAAUAAUUUAGCAAAGAAUACAGGACAGUGAAGCCAGUCUAUGCAGACGCCUGCGCGUGUGAAGAAUCAAGAUGGCGGAAUAUCUUGCGUCGAUUUUUGGAACGGAAAAAGACAAGGUCAACUGUUCCUUCUACUUCAAGAUUGGAGCCUGUCGUCAUGGCGACCGUUGUUCAAGACUUCAUAACAAGCCAACGUUCAGUCAGACGAUUGUUCUGUCCAACAUCUACCAAAACCCACAGAACACUGCGCAGAGUGCAGACGGAGGACACAUUACCAACAUUUCGGAUGUGGAGAUGCAGCAGCAUUUUGACGACUUCUUUGAAGAAGUCUUCACGGAGUUGGAAGAGAAGUACGGGGAGAUAGAGGAAAUGAACGUUUGUGAUAACCUGGGCGACCAUCUGGUAGGCAACGUCUACGUCAAAUAUCGUCGUGAGGAGGACGCUGAGGCGGCCGUGACUGAUCUCAACAAUCGUUGGUUCAAUGGGCAGCCAAUCAGAGCAGAGCUGUCCCCUGUGACAGACUUCCGUGAGGCGUGCUGUCGUCAGUAUGAGAUGGGGGAGUGCACGCGCGGAGGCUUCUGCAACUUCAUGCAUCUGAAGCCCAUCUCGCGCCAGCUGCGUCGCGACCUGUACGGCCGGCGCAAGAAAGGUCGCCGCUCUCGCUCACGCUCACGCAGUAAGGAAAGGCCAGCCGGGAGAUCGCGCUCCCGAAGCAGAGAGCGCCCUCGACGUGGGCACGACAGGUCCAGGGAUCGUGAACGCUCAGGGCGAUUCUAGAGUCCACGUAAGCUCCACGCGGCGAGUUAUUGUGGUUAACCUUCUUCAAAGGCAUAUAGGGUCAUUUGCUUUUCGUGCAUUUUGUUCGUUUCCAAUUCUGACAGCACUCAAUAUCCAAAGAAGGAUGUUGAAAACCUUGCUCAGGGGAUGCUUCUCUUUUCGUUGAAGUAAGAAAUCGUGCACAACCUUUUAAUCACGAUAAAUGCAAAUGAUCCUAUGCCUUUGAGUACAUUAAAAUUGGAAUAGCCAUUGUGUGGUACAUAUUGCUCCAAUUGAGGGUUCUGAAGACCUGUAUUUUCUGUGGGCUCUCAAUAACCUGGGCAGGUGCGCAAACCAAUCAAUUAAGUCGUGCCCCGUCACCAAUGACUGCUGUGACUGAUGUCCGGCAUGCACGCACUAACAUGGGUGUCUGUUAGAUUCAGUCAGAUGUCUAGUGAAACCACCAAAUGUUGAUAAGGAUAACCAA